AUGUUGCAGACAGUUGGGGAGUGGAUCUGGUGGGACCGUUUGUGGCUGCCAGGAAAUUUGUCCUGGUCUGCUUUAGAGGACAAGGAAGGUCGUGUCUAUGCGAAAGUGUCUCAUCUUUAUGCCUCUCUACCCUGUGCCCUUUGCCUGCUUGUAGUCAGAUACUUGUUUGAAAGGUACUUUGCCACACCACUGGCUAAUUUUUGGGGAAUCAGGGACAAGAUACGUCUCCCAGCAGAACAAAACCCUAUACUAGAAAAAUACUUCUGCAGCCAAACACGGGUUCCUUCUCAAGCUGACGUGUGGUCUCUGUGUAAGAAGACUGGCUGGCCAGAAAGGAGAGUUCAGGUGUGGUUCAGGAGGAGAAGGAACCAGGAGCGACCGGGGCUUCGAAAGAGGUUCAGUGAAGCCAGCUGGAGAUGUGCAUUUUAUCUUUUUGCAUUUUUUGGUGGAAUCCUAGCUCUCUAUGAUAAACCCUGGGUUUAUAAUCUAAGGGAAGUUUGGGCAGGUUUUCCUAAACAGUCCCUUCUGCCAUCACAGUACUGGUAUUACAUGUUGGAAAUGGGCUUCUAUCUUUCUUUGGUCUUCAGUCUCACAUUUGAUGUGAAACGAAAAGGUGCAAAAGUAUUCAACUACGCCACGUGGCAGCAGACUUCUAAUGGCAUGUUUGUGGUGUUUGCAGUCGUCUUUAUGGUGACAAGACUUAUUGUUUUUCCUUUUUGGCUGAUUCACUGUACAUGGGUGUACCCACUGGAAUUGUAUCCUGCCUUCUUUGGCUACUAUUUCUUCAACGUCAUGUUGUUGGUUCUCCAGUUGCUCCACCUGUACUGGGCUGCUCUCAUAUUAAGAAUGGUUUACAAGUUUAUCUUUACCCAGCUGGAAGGCGAUGAUAGGAGUGAUAAAGAGGAAGAUGACAGUGACCCACCGAUAGAAAGAAACCACAAACCGAGUCACAUGAAUGGUUCUGGUGCCAGAGGCAGGGCCAAUGGCCACUGAA